CUGAUACUGUACUACGCAUGUCGCUAGCGACUGUCGCUGCCAUGUGCGAGCACCUUUAUAUUAGUGUUCUCUGCUUUUUCCUUCUAACCUCCAUAACUAAAAACGUUAUGGAGUGUUUGGUGUAGUUAGCAACGCCGGCACGCUGAACGAUAUUUUUUUAUCUGAAAACUACACAAAAAGAAUUAUUUUUUUUACGUCAAAGUGAAUUAAACAAUACCUUUUCAAAAUGACAAUCGGAAAGAAUAAUAAGAUGUUACAACACAUCAACUAUAGAGUAAGAAUUAUUCUUCAAGACAGUAGAACAUUCAUUGGCACAUUCAAAGCCUUUGACAAGCAUAUGAAUUUAAUUCUCGCUGAUUGCGAAGAAUUUUGUAAAAUUAAACCAAAAAAUACUAAACAACCUGAACGCGAGAAAAAACGUGUGCUUGGUUUUGUUUUACUUCGCGGAGAGAAUAUUGUAUCUUUGACUGUGGAAGGCCCACCACCUCCAGAAGAAGGUCUACCUCGUGUGCCUAUUCCUGGUGCAGCUCCAGGCCCCGGAGUAGGUCGUGCUGUUGGUCGAGGCAUGCCUGCUAAUGUAGCUGGUGUUCCUGCUGGUUUACAAGGCCCUGUACGGGGCGUUGGAGGUCCUUCACAACAAAUCAUGACACCAGGAGGUCGUGGACAAGUAUCAGCCCCACCACAAAUGCAUCCUGGUGCACCACCAAGAAUGCCAGUUGGCGGGCCACCACCCGGUAUGAUGGGUCCACCCGGAAUGAUGGGUAUGCCACCUGGAAUGCCACCAAUGGGACGUGGCGGACCGCCAAUAGGACCACCCGGAAUGCGUGGACCACCUCCAGGAAUGAUGCGUGGCGGUCCACCUCCUCGUCCGUAUUAAAUAUUAAAUUUAAUAAUAAUAUUAACUUCCAUACCUUUCCAAUAUAUCAUUUCAAAAUUUAA